AUGACUCAUGACUAUGCAACUACAAAAAACCUAAAAGAUUCAAUUCUCUCUCUUCUCUCCCGGUUCAAAACUCCUCAAACCAUCCGCCCCUUUCCAUGGAAGGGUUCGAACGCUGCUGCUGGCCCAUCUUCAUCUUCCAAGAAACCGAAGCGUUUCCAGAUCAAUAAAAUGGAACGCCUUUUCAAUUCUCUCUGGGCUUGGGAUAUUGAGGUCGAUAAUUGCGCAAUUUGUAGGAACCACAUCAUGGAUCUCUGCAUUGAGUCCCAAGCGAACCAGGCGAGUGCUACCAGUGAAGAGUGUACUGUUGCUUUGGGUAUUCUCUCUCCUAUUUUUUAUUUUUAUGAAUUCCUCUUGAUUCCUGGUCUUUUUUGUUGUGCUAAAACUGAACUUCAAACUAGAUAUCUUGAAUCUAAUUGA